AUUCGGUUUUUUACCUCCCGCCACUGGUUCCAUGAUAUGUUACUUUUCCUCUUUUGGUGACUGACAAAUGAAUCCAUGGGGUUUUCUCCUCUUCUCGUUGCUUUCAAAUUGAAACCCUAAACUUCGAAGACUGGUGAUGAUGACUACGACUACUGCAAAUCCAGUGAGAUCAUGGAGAACGGAAUUUCUUACCUUAAGAGACGAAACCCUAACUUCUCCUCCUCAAACAUCUCUCUCUUCUCUCCUUCAAAAUCUCGUUUUCUCUCACUCUCAUAGCUUAAUGGAAGCUUUAAAAGAUCUUUCAUCUAAUGAGGUUACCUCGGAUAUAAAGCUUCUAGUGGAAUUAGCCAAGAAUAGCGACGAAAAUGUGACCGAUAUAUAUGUUCAUACCUGUCAUUUGAUUCAUGGUGUUAUUAGUAGGGUCACCCUGGAAAUCAAUUCAUCAUUUUGGUCUAUUAUGCUGGAUUUUCUUGGAAAGGUACUGCAGCACUUUCUUGGUAAAUCAGAUUCUCAAAUAGUUUCACCAGGGAAUGCCGUUAGAUUGAAGGCAAGUAUGGAGAUUGUACAUAUUCUGAGAUAUUUGGCUGAUAGGAAUAGCAGAAAGUGUGCACUCCCUGAAAACACUCAGUUAAUUAAGCUCCUGCUCCUAGCCGUUGCAUGCUUGCAUGCUGAGUUGUUUUCAUCACCCUACUCAAAUGGGAACCAACGGUAUUAUGUUUCUGAUACCGGAAAUAAAAUCUGCAAAUCAAAAAAUCCGUGGGAGGUCCAUACAGUGGUCUUUGUCAUGAUUGGGGAAGUACAUGCAAGAAUGGGAACUCCUGUUUCACUAGAGAUUUGGCAAUUGACUCUUGAGGGUUUGAGGAAAGUAAUGGAUUCCUUGGCAGCUAAGAACUCACUUGUGGAAGACAGUCUGAUGUCCAGGUUUUACACAUCUCUACUUCAGUGUCUGCAUUUAGUUCUUUCAGAACCUAAGGUUUCCUUAUCAGAGCAUGUGCCAGGAUUUGUAGCAACUUUGCGGAUGUUCUUUAUGUACGGGUUAACUAAUCGACCCUCUUUAGCUGGUCGAAAUACAAUCCACAAGGAGUUAAGUUCCGUAACCUUAACCCACAAGACCAGAUCGCCAGAAUCUACAAAAAAUGAAUCUGGUCGUUACAGACCCCCUCACCUACGCAAAAGGGAGGGAACGAGUAGUACCUCAUCGAAAUCCUGGGAUUCUAGAAGUUUCUCAGACAAUGAGACUUCUAUGCUUGGUUUUACGUCAUCGGAUUCAGAGCACAGUGAUAGUGAAGGGUCAGGCAAAGAUAUGGACUACUUUCAAAGCUCCAAGGCUAGGAUCGCUGCUAUUAUCUGUGUACAGGAUAUCUGCCAAGCUGAACCGAAGUCACUUACUUCUCAUUGUACAAUGCUUCUGCCGACAAGUGAUGUACUGCAUCCCAGGAAAUAUGAAGCAAAUCUAAUGACAUGCUUGUUAUUUGAUCCUGUUAUAAAGACAAGGAUUACUGCUGCCUCAACCUUAGCUACCAUUUUGAAUGGGGUUUCGUCAUUCUUUUUACAAGUAGCAGAAUACAAGGAGACUACUAAGCGUGGAUCAUAUACUGCACUUUCAAGCUCUCUUGGGCAAAUAUUGAUGCAACUUCAUACUGGUGUUCUCCACAUGGUUCAGCAUGAAACUCAUAGUGGGUUGCUGGCAUCCUCUUUUAAAGUUCUCAUGCUUUUGAUCGCCGCCACCCCAUAUGCUAGAAUGCCUGGGGAUUUGCUGCCAUCUGUUGUUUCAUGUGUUCAAACAAGGAUGAUGAAGGGGUUCCAGUCUAGAACUGAUCAGAACGGUCUUAUGGUCACUGCUCUAGGUUGCUUGGGGGCAGCUUUUUCCACCUCACCUCCAUCAUCGCAGCUCAAAGAUAUACUUCAAGAAGGAAUUUCUGCAGGUGUAACAGUAGCUGAAGGGAGGCAAAGUGUUCUUGCUAUGAUAUUUCAAUUUUCUGAGCGAGUAACGAACCCAACAAUAAGUUUUGAGGCUCUACAGGUCCUCAGGGCUGUGUCACACAACUACCCUAACAUAAUGGUAGCAUGUUGGCGACAAGUUUCUGCAAUUACAUUUGAGUUGCUUAAUGUAGCUACUCCUGAUGUUCCUAUUCCCGAGGGUUUAACUACUCUAUCAAGGGGAGAUGUUGGAAUUCCUGCAGGACCUCUCACAGAACGAUGCACUAUGGCUGCUGUUAAGGUUUUGGAUGAAUGCCUGCGGGCAAUAUCUGGAUUUAGAGGAACUGAAGAUCUUUUAGAUGACAGAUCACUGGACACCCCAUUUACAUCUGACAGAACAAGAGUAAAAAAAAUUUCAUCAGCUCCAUCACAUGGGCUUGAUAUUUCUAAAUUUGAUCAUUUAGCAGAUUCUACAGGAAAUGAACAGUGGUGUGAAGCAAUUGAGAAGCAUCUACCACUGAUAUUACGGCAACGAUCCCCAAUGGUGCGAGCUGCUGCAGUUACUUGUUUUGCAGGUAUUACGUCCUAUGUUUUCUUCUCGCUUGUGAAGGAAAAACAGGAUCUUAUUCUUUCAUCAUCUAUCAGAAUGGCGCUGCAUGAUGAGGUUGCUUCAGUUAGGUCAGCUGCUUGUCGAGCCAUUGGUGUCAUAGCAUGUUUCCCACAAAUCUCAUAUAGAACAGAGAUCUUGGACACGUUUAUCCAUGCGUGCGAGAAAAACACUCACGAUCCAUUAGUCUCGGUUCGAAUAACAGCCUCAUGGGCUUUGGCAAAUAUCUGUGAUGCACUGCGGCAUAGAGUAAGUGAUUUGGAAGAGUUUUCUGAAGACCUGAGAACUGAUUCUCAGCGAAUAGACCUUUUAGCUGACUGUGCUCUGCGGUUGACCAAGGAUAAUGACAAGAUCAAAUCAAAUGCUGUAAGGGCUCUUGGGAAUCUGUCGAGAUUUGUUAGAUUUUCAAAAUCAACUACCAUACAAAAUGGGGCAACGGGUUUUGUGGAUUCAUCUCUAGCAAAGCCCAGAGCUGACAUGCCCCCUCCAAAAAGUGAUCCAAUUGCUUGCCACAGUUCACAAGCAUCAUUUUCCAUUUCUGUCUUGGCUCCUUUAGGAGAUUCAGACUGGUUGGGAAAGAUGGUCCAAGCGUUUGUUUCUUGUGUGACUACUGGAAAUGUAAAGGUCCAAUGGAAUGUCUGUCAUGCGCUGAGCAAUCUAUUCUUGAACGAGACAUUAAGAUUUGAAGAUAUGGUGUGGGCUCCUUCUGUUUUCAGUAUUCUUCUUCUGCUCGUUCGCGAUUCUUCUAAUUAUAAGAUAAGAAUUCAUGCUGCUGCUGCAUUGGCUGUGCCAGGAUCAGUGUCCGAUUACGGUAGCUCGUUCUCAGAUGUCAUUCAAGGUUUAGAACAUGUACUUGAAACUCUAGGUUCAGAUCAGAUAUCAGCAGCGUCAAGUUUCAAAUAUAGGGAUGCACUUGAGAAGCAGCUUACGUCAACCAAUUUGCAUGUGCUUGGUCUUGCUUCAUCCACUGAACAUCAACCUCUGAAAGAGUUUCUUGUCAAAAAAGCAUCUUUCCUGGAGGAGUGGCUUAAGUUGGUUUGCUCAUCACUAAUGGAUACAAGUGAUCAGCUGGCUGAUGGAGCAACUUCAGCUGAAAAUCAAAACGACAUUUCCUUGUCAUUCAUUCAGAAAAAAGAAAUGAUAUCCAGGACUAUUAGGUCUUUAAUUGAAGUUUAUGAAGGCAGUAACCACGAAGCAAUUGCAAAGAGAUUUGGAAAGCUGAUAGAUUGUAUAUCCAAAGUUGCUCCGGUGGCUUGUUUUUCAGUUUAAUGUCCACAAUAAUAUGCAACACGCCAUCAAAUGAGUGAUUUCACUCUCCCAAUCUUAAGGUGAGUGAGCAAGACCCAAAACACAAUUCUAGCAUAUUAUCAGUUGGUCUGAUCUUGAUGAUCAAACUCCAAGUAAUGCAAGCUGUUGUGGUUGCCAAAAGAUUUUUGUAUCAGGGACACUAGGACAUAAAAUUUGUACACAUUAGUAGCUGCGGAUUUUCACCAUUCCAUUCUGUAACUAAAACAGGAUUCAUGUUUGCGAGGAAUCUUUUUUUUUUGAGAAAGUGUGGAGGAGAAUAUGGAAUAACUAUUUUGUUGUACUUCUAAAUGUACAGACAGUUGUAAUCUAAUGUAAGUUAGAGGUAGUGUGGUGGUGUUUAUUAGCUUCAUUGGGAAUGAUUUUCAACUGCUGGCGCAUAUUUAGGGUACUCAAAGCAGAAGAAUGUUGAAAUACAUGCUUAAUUGCUUGGAGACAUUAUUAUGAUAAUAAAUUUUUUCCGAA